GAAUCGGCGAAGUAGGAAUAUAAAUUGCUACUGUCACUUUCUCAAUCACAACCACCAGUCUGGUUCAACAAUCGAAGGGCUGGUUCCCAAAAACGAAAUAGCCUAAAGUUAUCUUCUUCAUGCCAGAACAACUUUACCACCGUACUUUUUAAACAUUACCUCGUCAUGAAGCUUAAGGCAUUUGGAAACGAAGAACCACCGGAAUGGCUUCCAGUGAACGUGAUUUUCAUGUCUCGCUAUUCUGAAAAGUGUAUUAAGCGCUUUACGGAAGCAGUAAUCGACUCCAUUCUCACGGGGACUCUCAAAUUCUCCUAUAUCCGCGAUUAUAUUGCUACAAAAGACCAAAUUGGUGAAGUGAAGGCGAUUUUGGGUUCAUUACGCCUCAUUCUAAUAAAUGCAGUCAGGAACAACAUAACGGAAGUGAUGCUUGCGAGUGAUCUUCAGAUGCUGGGACUGCCUUAUACGUACCAGUUAGCCAUUUUCCGUCCCUAUUCCGAGCAUAAGAUCGACUUGGUGAAAGUCCUUUCGGAAGAUAGGCUUCUGGUAUUGUCUUUUCGUAGGUUUGAACAGGCAGAUGUCAACAGAUCUGUCGUUCGAUUGGCAUGUGGAGGCGAUGAUUAGCGAUAAUGAUGGUCGUUAUAUCUGCAACAACAUCGUAAUAUCGAUGGCCUCCGACAACGGUUUCACUCACCUCGAGAACGGGAAGCAAUCGAUUUUGACUUCUUGCGAGUUCUCGCUCACCGAAAACAUGUACUAUUCGCUUAGCCAGCAGUUGCGUGAAGCCAACGCGCUCAUGUCGCUCCACUCUCCCUCCUUAU